AUGGCGAUAAAAAGUUCUGCUUUCCCCUAUCGCCGCGGCUCGAACUCUUCUGAGAGAGACUUUUUCGAUAUUCCUGAUGAAUCUAUAAAAACAAUUGCCAAGCGCCAAUUGCGCCGACCUCGUACCUGGAUCACCCUGCUGGUCCUGUUCUUACUCCAAUGGCGAUUCCGGCGCUCUCCAUCGUCCGACGCCUCCUGGCCUCCCCUUGACCAGAACCGGGUGGACUGGUCGCGUUAUGCCUACACAUCUUAUGCGACCUCGGAAACCUACCUCUGCAACUGCGUCAUGGUGUUUGAGGCCCUGCACCGCUUCGGAUCCCGCGCAGAACGGGUCUUGUUCUACCCCCAAGAAUGGGACUUGGUUGUUGAGAAUGAUGUAGACCGUAUCAGUCAGCUAUUGUUACUGGCCAGGGACGCCUACAAUGUGGACCUGAGACCGGUCGUGGUUGAGAACAUCAGAGUGGACGCGAAAGUGGCGCAACAUGGAUAUGCUGAGGCAGGAUGGGACACAAGUACUAUCAAAUUAAACGCAUUCGGCCUCCUCCAGUAUGACCGCGUGAUCCAUCUUGAUUCCGACAUGACCCUCUUGCAGCACAUGGAUGAGCUGUUUUUCCUCCCCAAGGCCCAGAUUGCCAUGCCUCGCGCGUAUUGGCUCCUCCCCGAAGUCCACACCCUCUCCUCCCUCAUGGCCGUGAUCGAACCGUCGUUCCGUGAAUAUACCACCCUUCGAGAAUUCAUCCAGCCCGCCCUCGCCGGCCAGCGCGACAUGAACCAGACUGACCACCGAUAUGACAUGGAGGUGUUGAAUGAUCGAUACGGAGAUAGUGCCCUGGUGCUGCCACACCGACAGUAUGGACUUUUGUCGGGAGAGUUCCGCAAUAAAGACCACAGUCGGUACUUGGGCUCUUCAGAGGAGGAAUGGAAUCCGGAUAAAGUGCUGGCCGAGGCCAAGUUCGUCCAUUUCUCUGAUUGGCCUAUGCCCAAGCCCUGGGUGAUGUGGCCAGGCAAAUUGCUGGCUGAGCUGCAGCCUGCGUGCGAUUAUUUUCCUGGGACACCGCAAGAGAGUGGUUGCAGAGAUCGUGAGGUGUGGAAACAACUCUACGAUGACAACCGACGUCAGAGAAGGGAUAUUUGCAAGAUCCUCAGCUUCCCGGCUCCUGUUAUUUGA